AUGCCUGCCUUGCCCUGGCGGCCGAGCGCGGCCAUCCCUUCCGCCUGGCUUCUCCUCCUGCCGCUGUUCUCCCAGGCUUGGGCGCGGAGCAACUCUCGGGGACUGUCCCCCAACGCCGCUUCUUCCCCUACCACGACCCCCAUCGCCAUCAUGGGCUUAAUGCCGCUCAGCGACUCGGUGGAGAAGGGCAAGAUCGGCCGGGGGGUCCUGCCGGCGAUGCAAUUGGCGAUGGAGCAGAUCCUCAACGAGUCGCUGCUCAACCCUUACUCUCUGGACCUGCGCUACUACGACACGGAGUGUGACAAUGCAAAGGGUCUUAAAGCCUUCUAUGAUGCAAUAAAAUAUGGACCUACACAUCUAAUGGUUUUUGGUGGCGUAUGUACAACUGUAACAUCCAUCAUUGCUGAAUCCUUAAUAGGAUGGAAUUUGGUUCAGCUCUCGUUUGCAGCAACAACACCAGAGUUAGCAGAUAAGAAAAAAUAUCCUUAUUUCUUCCGGACAGUGCCAUCCGAUAAUGCUGUGAACCCCGCAAUUUUAAAGUUGCUCAAGCAUUAUAAAUGGAAAAGAGUAGGAACUUUGACCCAAGAUAUACGAAGAUUUUCUGAGGUACGGAAUGAUCUAACUGGAGUGCUAUAUGGUGAAGAUAUCGAAAUAUCAGAUACAGAGAGUUUUUCUAAUGAUCCUUGUACAAGUGUCAAAAAGCUUAAGGGAAAUGAUGUUAGAAUUAUCCUUGGCCAGUUUAAUGAGGAAAUGGCAGCAAAAGUAUUCUGUUGUGCAUUUCACGCAAAAAUGUUCGGCCCUAAAUAUCAAUGGAUAAUUCCUGGGUGGUAUCAGAGCUUUUGGUGGGAAAAAGCUAUUCCAAAGCUGAAUUCAUCACACUGUCUUGGUAUAAAUCUUCUGGGUGCAAUGGAAGGUUACAUUGGAGUGGAUUUUGAACCUCUCAGUUCGAAACAGAUAAAAACCAUUUCUGGAAGGACGCCACAGCAAUAUGAAGAGGAAUAUGACCAAAGGCGUGGAAAUGUUGAGCCAAGUAAGUUCCAUGGCUUUGCUUAUGAUGGAAUAUGGGUAAUUGCCAAAACACUGCAGCAGGCAAUGAAGAUUCUUAAUGCCACCAACAGAAACCAAAAAAUUGAAGACUUUAACUAUACCAACAAAGAACUUGGAAAGAUUUUCUUGGAUGCAAUGAAUCAAACCAGCUUCUUUGGUGUAACGGGUCAAGUUAUGUUCAGAAAUGGAGAGAGGAUGGGAACCAUCAAAUUCACCCAGUUUCAAGACAAAAAGGAAGUAAAGGUGGGAGAAUAUAAUGCUAUACUUGAUUCACUGGAAAUCAUCAACAAUUCCAUCAAAUUCCAUGGGAAAGAACCUCCAAAGGAUAGAACAAUUAUCCAAAAGCAACUUCGUAAGAUUUCUCUGCCUCUCUACAGUAUUCUUUCAGCACUUACUAUCUUGGGAAUGAUCAUGGCCAGUGCAUUUUUGUUCUUUAACAUCAAAAACAGAAAUCAGAAGUUAAUAAAGAUGUCCAGUCCUUACAUGAACAAUCUCAUCAUUCGGGGAAUGCUGUCCUAUGCCUCUAUAUUCCUUUUCGGCCUUGAUGGAUCUUUUGUUUCUGAGAAAACUUUUGAGACUCUUUGGUACUUUCAUUUACCAUUACUCAUCUUAUUACUGAACUUGAGGAUCCGAACCUGGAUUCUUACAGUGGGUUAUACGACUGCAUUCGGAGCGAUGUUUGCAAAAACAUGGAGGGUUCACGCAAUCUUCAAAAACGUAAAAAUGAAAAAAAAGAUCAUUAAGGACCAAAAACUAAUGGUGAUCGUUGGAGGAAUGCUACUGAUAGAUCUUUGCAUCUUGAUUUGUUGGCAAGUUGUUGAUCCUUUGAGGAGAAGUGAAAAAUACAACAUGGAGCCCGACCCUGCCGGACGAGAUAUUUCCAUUCUUCCCAUUUUGGAGCAUUGUGAAAACACACAUAUGACUAUCUGGCUUGGCAUCGUUUAUGCCUAUAAAGGCCUACUCAUGCUAUUUGGCUGUUUUUUAGCUUGGGAGACUCGGAAUGUGAGCAUUCCUGCUCUGAAUGACAGUAAAUACAUCGGCAUGAGUGUUUAUAAUGUGGGCAUCAUGUGCAUCAUUGGAGCCGCGGUUUCCUUUCUUACACGAGACCAGCCCAAUGUACAGUUCUGCAUUGUGGCACUAGUCAUUAUAUUCUGUAGCACCAUUACCCUCUGCUUAGUCUUUGUACCUAAGUUGAUUACUCUGAGAACAAAUCCAGAUGCUGCCACUCGGAACAGGGGGCUUCAGUUCACCCAAAAUCAGAAGAAAGAUGAUUCAAAAACAUCAACAUCUGUCACCAGUGUCAACCAAGCCAGCACAUCUCGAUUGGAAGCACUGCAGUCAGAGAACCACCAGCUUAGAAUGAAAAUAACAGAGUUGGACAAAUCUUUAGAAGAAGUCACAAUGCAGCUUCAGGACACACCUGAAAAAACAACAUAUAUUAAACAAAACCACUAUCAGGAGCUCAAUGAUAUUCUCAGUAUACGCAAUUUUACAGAAAGCAAAGAUGGUGAGAAAACAGUGUUGAAAAAUCACCUUGAUCAAAACCCACAAGCACAAUGGAAUACUACAGAGUCAUCCAGAGCAAGCAAAGAUUUUAUAGAAGAUAUCAACUCCCCAGAACACAUACAGCGGCGACUCUCCUUACAGCUACCCAUUCUUCAUCACGCUUAUUUGCCAUCCAUUGGAGGAGUUGAUGCCAGCUGUGCCAGCCCAUGCGUCAGCCCCAGUGCCAGUCCACGGCACAGACAUGUGCCACCAUCUUUUCGCGUGAUGGUCUCUGGCCUGUAGGAGGACAUCAGAGCUCCCUGAACUGCUUUUGGUACUCAAUGGCUGGACUGAACGUCUUGUGUCGAACUCUUGCCUUCUACAUAUCCUUACUCUUACCACAGAGAAACUAGUGCUAUAAAGCCAUUAUCAAGGGAGGGCCAGCUCUGCUGCUGGGAUAAAGCAUUUAAAGUGGAGAGGUUAGGCAGAGGUUGAUCUGUAGCCUUACUGGUGGACGUUUCUAUUUCUUUGCAAAGACAGUCACCAAAACCAUGUUUCUUCCCAAAUUUCUAUAGGAGGCAAGGUGGCUAAGAAACCUAAACUUGACCAAAAAUAAUAAUAAUAAUAAUACAACAGACCCCCCACUGCAGCAUCACUAAGCUUUAUACUUCUACUGAAAAUGUGAAACACAAGAAGAAAAGGAAAAUCUCAUCGGAAAGAGUGCUGAAGUUACCGAGAUGUAUACCAUGAGAAGGGAUUGCGUUCAGCUUCUGGAGACCCUAGUUAAUUGGGCUGACCUUAAUUCCUGGAACUAAACUCAGUGAGGAAGAGGAGAUUUUUAGGAAGCAGUUCCAACGUCGCUGAGAUUUGCACGCAGUCCAAGUCAUUCAACUAAAGAUGCGCUUGGAGCAGAAAAUGCUUUUGGGGAGGGGGAAAAGCAAAUCCAAGGCCAAGAUUUUAGAGUGGCUACGGCAGGCAUCCCAGGUUUUGGGGAGUGAUACUCUUUCUCCCGUGAAGACAUUGUGCUUGGUUGAAUCCUGGGGUGACUUUCUGCAAAUAGCAGGAAGCUAGGUCUGAAAGUGCUUAAGGCUGAGGAUUGCUACUGAAAUCUUCAUAUCCUAAGGUGGAUUUUUCUCCCCGAGUUUGCUUGAUUUAAACCACAGCAUAAUUAAUAGUACAGGUAAUUGAGCACAGGAACAAGAAGAGUAGGGUCCUUAGGCAACACACUUUUCUGCCGCAGUUGAAAUCUGCAGAAACAGAGAUCAUACAGACACCACCUUUGCUUCACAUCCGUGCGUGUGUGAGAGAGAGAAAAACAGUGGUCGUUGAGAAUAAGAUAGGCUGAACCAAGUUUGCCAGUGCUGGCUAAAACCUACCCUUUGGGAUUUGAGGUUUUUUUUUUAAAAAAAAAAAGACAAAAUCACAAAUAUGGUGUACAGUAAUUUGAAGCAAAAUGGUUUUUCUCUCUUGUAAAUUUCACCUAAGAGAAUAGACUUAAUCUAUCUCCUUCCUGGGAGCAACUGAAUCUGCUAUGAAUUAGAAAGCAACACGAGAGAACUCAAAUGAAAUGGGCUUCCAUAAACCUACUGUUAAGAUUUGAUCCACACAUAUGCUGCUUGUAUCCUAGUGGUUCUAGGACACCUUGCUAGGAUUAAGAUUACUGGGCAUGUAUAAUCCAAAGAGAGGCACCUGGGUCCUUUUGCAAUUGCAUGGCAUGAAGAACUUCAGCUGAUGUAUUUCUUUCCUGACCAAACCCCUGAGAAAGGCUACAUUGGACGAACUUCCAAUUGCUAUGUAAUUCUGGGCCGCAAUACUAUCAACUGCUGCAGGUUGUACAUUCAAUAUGGGAGGGGCUUAACUACAAGGGUUAAGAUUCGCCCUUGUCUUAACUGCAUCCUAGGAUGUUUUGAGUGAAAGCUUAAGUCUAAGCUUUUUCAUGCCUCUAGGUUUGUUGAUUUUGUUUUUAACUAGCGGAGCUGCUUGUGACACGUUGUAUAGUUCCACCAGUUGAAAUAUCUGUAUUGUUUGGAAAGGCAUCAAUCACACAGUCUGCCAGGAUGUUGAGCAAGCUUAAAUCCCAAUGCAUGUGGCGAUAAAGAUGUGCCUACCAUGUGAAAGGCACGGACGCACACUUCAGAGCCUGAUUGUUGCAGAAGACAGGCAAAAUAUCUUCACACACACACACACACACACACACACACACACACACACACACACACAAUAUUCUUCCUGCGUCCCAGUAAUGUAUUGAUUCAGACUAUUUUGUAUUGCUGUUAAAACGGCAAAAAAGUGAAAAUAAAAUCUGGCACUAGAUCUAAACUAUUAGCCAGACAAGAAAAGCAAGAAAAGCCUGUGAUAUCACUUUCAUUUUCCUUAAAGGCCAUUCUCACACGAUAACGGAUACCACUUUGCCAAAAAGCACUGCUCACAGUGGUGGGAUUCAGCCGGUUCGCACCUAUUCGGGAGAACUGGUUGGUCAUUUUUAAGCAGCUCAGAGAACUGGUUUUGGGAAGAAAUCUUUUGUUUUUUUCCCACUUUACAGGACUAAUCCUGUAAGGAAGG